CGACUCCCGUAGAAUCGCCUUGACUUUCUGUAUCUUCUUGCAAAGAGUUGAUCUUGUUUCGUUAGAACAAGAGGCCUCGUUGCUUGAGUAGAUAUCCUCAAGUUCCCGUGCUUAACAAAACACUUGAGCCCCUGAUCUGAGCUCGUCAAAACCUCAAACAUGGCUGGCAAAAAUAAACAGCCGGCUUCAGAGGAGCAACACGGCUACGAGUUCUUCGGCCCUCCUGGCGCCUUUGUCAUCUCGUUCUUCCUCCCCAUCCUCGUAUACGUCUUCAACUUCGUCUGCAACGACAUCUCAGGCUGCCCCGCGCCAUCUCUGCUUCACCCCAAGGCCCUAUCGCUCGAUGCCUUGAAACACGAAGUCGGAUGGCCCAGCAAUGGCGUCGCUGGCCUGGUCAGCUGGAAGGGAACCGCCGCUGUGAUUGGGUACAACGUCCUUUCGCUGAUCCUCUACCGUGUUCUGCCCGCGGUUGAAGUUGAGGGCACCGAGUUGCGCUCUGGAGGAAAACUCAAGUACCGAUUUAACACUUUGUACUCUAGCACCUUCACCCUGGCCGUCCUUGCCGCUGGAACCGCUGCUCAGGGUGCCGAGUUUCCGGUCUGGACCUUCAUGUCGGAGAACUUCAUUCAGAUCCUUUCCGCCAACAUCAUCUACUCCUACCUUGUGUCCACCUUUGUCUACGUUCGAAGCUUUAGCGUCAAGCCCGGAAAUAAGGAGAACCGCGAGCUUGCUGCUGGAGGCCACUCUGGAAACAUGCUAUACGAUUGGUUCAUCGGUCGUGAACUGAACCCCCGUAUUUCGAUCCCUCUCAUCGGCGAGGUUGACAUUAAGGAGUUUCUUGAGCUUCGACCUGGAAUGAUGGGCUGGAUUAUUAUGAACUGCUCGUGGUGCGCCCAGCAGUAUCGCAACUAUGGCUUCGUGACCGAUAGCUCUAUCCUCAUCACGGCUGUUCAGGCCCUGUAUGUCUUCGACUCUUGGUGGAAUGAGCCUGCGAUCUUGACGACCAUGGAUAUCACCACCGACGGCUUCGGUAUGAUGUUGGCCUUUGGCGAUAUUGUCUGGGUUCCAUAUGUCUACUCGCUGCAGACCCGAUAUCUCUCCGUUCACCCUGUCUCCCUCGGCCCUCUCGGCCUAGCCGGUAUGUUGGGUCUCAUCGGCCUUGGCUUCUACAUCUUCCGCUCAGCCAACAACGAGAAGAACCGCUUCCGAACCAACCCCGACGACCCCAGAAUCUCUCACCUCAAGUACAUCCAGACCCAGAAGGGCAGCAAACUUCUCACGACAGGCUGGUGGGGAAUCGCCCGUCACAUCAACUACCUGGGCGAUUGGAUCCAGUCGUGGCCCUAUUGUCUCCCUACCGGUCUCGCCGGCUACCAGAUCCUCAGCGCCGGGACUCAUGCCGAGGGCGCGUGGGUUAUGCGAGACGGUCGAGAGGUUAUCCAGGGCGAAGCUAAGGGAUGGGGCAUGCUCAUCACCUACUUCUACAUCCUGUACUUUGCUAUCCUCCUCGUUCACCGCGAGAGACGUGACGAUGACAAGUGCCACCGCAAGUACGGCAAGGACUGGGAGGAGUACCGCAAGAUUGUUCGAUACCGAAUCAUCCCUGGUAUCUACUGAUUUAUGAAUGGGGUUUCUUAGCUUGACUUCAGAAUAAUUAGACCGAGUACCACGACGCUUAGAGACGUUGGCGGUAUGACGGCCCGGGGAGGGAAAAAGUGUAUUCUAUGGAGUCAAUGAUGGCAUUGAUUCAUGUAAUGGGCUAGGGGGUAUCAUGAUGAUCCUUGAAAGGAUGAAAUCGCAUAGAGGGAGCUUACAUACUUGCCUAGAAAGGCAGUAAGCUACCACAGAAAGCUACUUAAUAAUGAUUUGACCGUUUAGAACAACGUGCGUCUGCAUACCACC